CUCAUCCCUGGCAACCUAAAAAAUGGAAGGUGGUAUGGACGCUAUGUAAAUAUUUUGCUCGUGUAGGGAACGUGUUUCAGUUUGGAGUAAGAAUAUCGCCGGUACCGGUUCAGAUACAAAACAUUAUAACCUGUGAUAAACUGAGCGCUACCUUUUACCAUCAUGGCGUUUUCUCCGACAACUAUCGCAACCCAGACGACAUCUGCUCGUGAUCCUAGAGAGCUAUACGAGAUCAAACAGAAAGCCGUGAAGUUCUAUAACGACAAUGGAGUACCUAACAAAAUGGAAGAUGUCUUGAAUACAAUGUUCUAUGACAACCCGCCCGAUGUUUUCGGUUACUUGGCAAAUUACUUUGAGAAAUUCGCUGCAACACCUACAAUAAGUAAGGUGAAAGCAAAAGAAGCAUAUGACAGCAAAGGCCAACCUACUAUACAAACAGAAGUUUUCUGCACUGUGAAGAACAACUUAAGGCUGAGUGCCACUGUAGUGAGUCCAUCACCCAACAGUCACCUAUCAGACAAUACAAAACCAGAAGACAGAGAGGGAGACGAUACUGAACGACAGAACAGUGUCACUGCUGCGGUGAACAUCCUUAACACAGACCUAAACAACCGACUGACGGGUCUGGACCCAGCACAGCAACAGGAGGUUGACAAUGUGGUUAGCAAGUUCUAUGUAGAGCUUCAGUCUGCUGAGGAAGAGAGACUGGCAAAGGAAGCUGAGGCUGCUGCGACAGAGGAAGGAUCGACAAAGGAUGUGGAAACAGCUAGUCAGGCCAGCGGAAGCAAGGGGAAGCAACCCAAGUCAGCAACAAAGGGAAAAGAACAAAAGAAAGAAGAAAGGGUAAAACACAGUGGAAAUAAGAUCAAAAAUGAAAGGGGGAGAAACAGUGGAAAUAAGUCUGUAAAGGGAGGGAAAAGCCAGAUGUCGGUUGCCGUACCAAUGGAGCCCACGGAGAAGUUCUUGCCAGGUGCGGGUGCUGUUAGUACCAUGAGUCGUGCAGCUUGUGUGGCUGCCGCUCAUAUUCAGCAGAUACCCGUAUUCCAACACGUUGCUGGGCUUCGGUUUACUGAGGUACCAUUUGAAAUGACAGUCCCGCUGCCCAUGGUAACCAUCAUACAGAGUGGACGUGCAGCGCUUGGAAAGUCAAAUUGUAUAAAGGAGUUCAUGGUGGUUCCUAAACCAGGCAUGCCUCUCUCACAGAGUUUGCCACUUAUACAAAAAAUCUACAACUACGUCGGGAAAAGUUUAUUUACCAAGUCUGGGGUCGCUGCCAAAUUAACCAAUGAUAUUGGAGCUUUUUGUCCAACAUUUGACCGACCAGAACAAGGCCUUGACCUUCUGCAAGAAGCAAUUACCCAGUGUGAAUUGACCGUUGGUGAAGAUUUCUUUCUGGCCAUCAAUUGUGCAGCAUAUGAAAUCUUUGACUAUGACCCUGUGACUGGCAAAGAGCCUCCCGCUCCUUUUCCCGGACAGGACAUGCACAAGGAGAAAGGUAAAUAUGAACUUCUUACGGGUCAAGCAAAGGUUGCAGAUGACGUUGUGGAAUUCUGGGUAGAGCUUCUCGGGCGUUAUCCGUCAAUCAUCGCUGUCAUUGACCCUCUCAGAAAACAAGAGAAAGAACACUGGAUGCGUUUGAGUGAUCGCAUCAGUGACCAGUGCUUUGUAGUGGGCAGUCAGGCCUAUGCCAGGCCAGGGUUACUAAAGGAUGAGGAGCUGACUCCAGACUUUGUGUCCAGCGGAAUUGUCCUCGCGCUUGACCGUCUCAACACUGUUAGCGAUACUAUCCAUGUGGCCAAAAAACUUCAAGAUGCAGACAAUCAAGUCAUUGUGUCCUGUUGUAAUGGAGAAACUGCGGACACUUUCCUGGCCGAUUUUGCGGUGGGUGUGAAAGCUCUGUUCAUGAAGGUCGGCGCCCCAGUACGUGGAGAGAGGACGGCUCAGCUCAACAGACUUCUUCAGAUUGAGGGUGUGCUUGAAAUGUCCAGCAGACUUGCUGCUCAGAGUGAAUACAAAUUCCCUCACAUCACCCCACCUCCUCUCCCAGAGCCUGAGGAAGGCGAGGAGGAGACGACGACCAAAAAGGAGGCAACUCCUCGCAAGAAGUGAACUUACUGAUGCUGAAUAGAUAAGGAGUUCAGAUCAAAAUUAUAUCACAGCAAUACAAUUUGAACAAUGUGUCACAAUGUGAAAAGUUACUGAAGUUAAAAACAAAUCUGAAGAUAGAGGAAUCUCUGCCCAUGCAGAGUCAGGGGAAUCUCAACCAAGGUCCUAGUGAUAUUCAUCAAUACAGGAUAUUUAAAUCAUCUCCCAGAUUUAAGGUUUUAGACAAUCUAGUGGUGAUAAAUGUAUUAACUAACACUAUGAACUGCAAAAAAUUCCAAAGGAAUUCAAGGAAGUUUCAACAACAUUUUACAUUGUGUGAUCACAAAAGGUUUGUGGUGAAACUGGAUGGUACUGUAUAAAGGUUUUAUGAUACAUUUUUUAUAAAAAUUCUGGGAGAAAUUAUCAUUGAAUUUAUUUUUCCAAUGUUCAUUCCUGCUAUGUAUAUGGGUUCCGUCCAACAAACUUGAACUGUGAUACAAAAAAUUAUUACUUUUUGUGAAAUUUCAUUAUUUCAAUAUUUUGACAAAUAUUUAUUAAUAUUUUGUAUGUUGUAUUAUAAAAUUUUGUUAUAUAUAUAAGGAUAUUAAAUGUGCAAGAAACAAAUAAAAAAUUAUAUUGAAAUAUUCUAACUCCCAUGAUCUCCUUUCUACCAACUUUCAUCAAAAUCCAUCAAGAAUUAGAAGUUUCAUUCACAAAAUCUAAAUCUACAUACAUUGUAUAUAUAGCCAUACCAAAAACAUCCAAAAUGUCAUGAGCCUUAAAAACUCCCUAAAAUGAUCAGACCGAAAAUUUCUUAGGUCAUGAAUAUUAAACCUUAUGUUUGAGUAUGUUUGGUCCACUUGAACUUAAAUUAUUGCCCAGAAACCAAAUUUCUAUUUAUAGUGACAAUAGCCUUGACCUUUGACCUUAUGACCCAAAAAGAAACUCCAUAGAAGGAAGUACCUGUAUUGUGAAGUUUGAGCUUGAUUAGUCUACUGGUACUUAUACUUCUGUUAUUGUACAGACAUUGUGAUGCAGGCAGAUGAUCUAUGAUCAUGGGAUAAUUUCAUCAUAAAAAACCAAAACAUA